AUGAGUUUCCUCGCCCGUCUCGUUCCAACUGCUUCUGCCAGAACUGCUCUUAGAUUUGCAUCAUCUGGACGAUUCUACACCAAGAAGCACGAAUGGAUUCUUGUUGACAAGACUGUUGGAACAGUUGGAAUCACUGAUUUUGCUACGGAGCAAUUAGGUGAUGUGGUUUUCCUGGAGCUUCCAGAAGCCGGAACGGAAAUUGAGAAAGGAGACUCAACUGGAGCAGUGGAAAGUGUAAAGGCUGCUUCCGACAUCUACGCUCCAGUGAGUGGAACUGUUCUCGAGAAGAACACAAAGUUGGAAGAAGAGCCAGGAAUGAUCAACAAAAGUCCACUGGAGAAAGGAUGGCUUUACAAAGUGCAAAUAAAGAGUGUUGAAGAGCUCAAGGAGUUGCUCAACGAGGACCAAUACAACACUUUCAAGGAGGAAGAGGAGGCGGCUCACUAA